CUAACAUUAAGCAGCUCCUACAAAUCAUUACCUCCUAAGACCCGUGGCAUGAUCGGCGCUGCUCUUAUGCUCAAUGCCUCCGCCAUGUUAUUAUUCUCCGACCAGAUUGAAGAGGCUUUAGGAUUGAAAUCCAACGUCGAACAGCAGCAGAAGCUGUUCCAAAUCCAAACCAUUGAGCGUGAAACAAAAGGCUAG